AUGUCACCCAGUGUUCCCUCCGCUGGUCUCACCGACAAACAAAUCGCCAUCAUCCGUGCCACUCUAUGCUCGCUCUCUGAGUUCAAGCCAGACUGGGCCUAUGUACUCAAAGAAUACGGUCUGGCCAAGGGAGGUCAUGGUCCGCGAGAUUUCAGAGCUGCCUUCCAAGGUUUCGGUCUCGACUUCAAGAACGGCAAGGUUAUCGACACCCUCAAGAACAGCCAGGACGAAGACGAAGCUCCUGCUGCGACUCCAUCGAAGAAGACCACGGGUAAAGCUAAUGGCAAAGCCGUCAGCAAGGCCAACGGAGCUGGCAACAAGCGCAAGAAGACCACUGCCGACGCUGGUCAGAACAAGAAGGUCAAGGUAGAGGAAGAGCCCGAGCUCGAGGACAUUAAGGAGGAAGUCGACGGCGACGCUGCUGCCGCGAUCGCUGCCAGUGCCUGA